UAAGUAACUCGGCCACUUGAUCUGGCAGCGAGGGACGCCCAGGAGGUUCAUGGGAUCCCUUAUAAAGAGCUUUCUCUGAGGGACGGACACACACAGCAAUCUGUGCACACGUGCCUGCACCGCCGCCGCCGCACACACACAGACAGCGACUUCGCUGCUGUCUGAUUCACCCUCGUUUGCUGAGCUGCAUCCAAAGGGCUACCGGCUCUUGAUCGCGGGCAGGCAGUCCUGUGACAAGAGGAAAACAAGCUGCUCGUUGCCAUUGCCACCCUGCUCCCCUGGAAGGGCAGAGAGGAAGGAAGAUGGACCCGGCAAAAGCUGGGCACCCAGAGAGCAGAGGAGACCCCCGUGACUCCGGCAGCAAAGCAGCCAACGGCGGAGGGCAGCCGAAGCAGGAGGGAUGGGAAGAUGCCCGGGCGUUUUAUGAAAACCUUUCCCCCAAAAAGAAACCCAAAUCACCAAAGCCGCAAAAUGCCAUCACGAUUGCUGUGUCAUCGCGAGCCCUCUUCCGUAUGGAAGAGGAGCAGAAGAUUUACAAUGAGCAUGGUGUGGAGGCCUACGUGAAAUUCCAGCUGGAUCACGAGAACGAGCCCUUUCUGCCUGGAGCAGCCUUCCCCUUCGUCAAGGCACUGGAAGCUGUUAACAUGCAGCUGCGGGCGCUCUACCCAGAGAGUGAAGAGCUCUUCGACAUCGUCCUCAUGACUAACAACCACGCUCAGGUGGGAGUCCGCUUGAUCAACAGCAUCAACCAUUACAACCUGUUCAUCGAGAGGUUUUGCAUGACAGGUGGGAACAGCCCCAUUUGCUACCUGAAGGCCUACCACACCAACCUGUACCUGUCAUCUGACUGUGAGAAAGUGAGUGAAGCCAUAGACGAGGGAAUUGCUGCAGCCACCAUCUUCAGCCCCAACAGGGACGUGCAGGUUUCAGAGAACCAGCUGCGUGUAGCCUUCGACGGAGACGCAGUGCUGUUUUCAGACGAGUCUGAGCAGAUUGUGAAGGCUCAUGGCCUUGACAAGUUCUUUGAGCAUGAGAAGACUCAUGAGAACAAGCCUCUGGCUCAGGGGCCGCUGAAAGGUUUCUUGGAAGCUCUUGGGAAGCUCCAGAAGAAGUUCUACUCCAAGGGGCUGCGCCUGGAGUGCCCCAUCCGCACGUACCUCGUCACGGCACGCAGCGCGGCCAGUUCUGGAGCCCGUGCCCUAAAGACUCUCCGGAGCUGGGGGCUGGAAACGGACGAAGCCCUCUUCCUAGCCGGCGCCCCCAAGGGACCCUUGCUGGAGAAGAUUCGCCCACACAUCUUCUUUGAUGACCAAAUGUUCCAUGUGGAAGGGGCGAAGGAGAUGGGUACCAUCGCAGCCCACGUCCCUUACGGGGUGGCUCAGAAAUCCAGGCGCUUGGCACAGGGGAAACAAAAUGAGAAUAGCAAGUAGCAGAAAAGAGCGGGACUGGGCUAGGCCAGCCUUUGAUGCGCGGAGAGCAACAUCUCUAUGAUAGAGAGAUGAAAAGUUUAGAACACCUUCCACGAGGACUAGAACCAAAAGGGUUGGGAUGGCAGGUGUCUUGUUUGGGGUAGGUUGUUUGGGAGAAGGCUUCCUUACACCCACCUGUACACAUUGCACUUUACGGAAAUGCUCUUCCCUUUGCCUCACCAUAACCUUGCGUGCCCGUCAUACCAUUGCUGUCAGUAUCUGCUGGUAGACUUUUGCUUCUGUCCUGCCAUCCAUUCACAACGCUUCAAGGUUGAUUGCCACCUUUUGCUCUUGAAUAUUCAUGAUAUGUACUGUUUUUUCCUUGCGGGCUGCUGCAAGGGGGCUGUGUUUUAUUACACGCUUCAACGGUUGCAUUGUGCAGAAUUUGCUAAUGGUGCCAUUUAAGCGUUGUGAAAUUCCCAGCUUUCAAC